UUUCAGUACCCCCAAUACAUUGAAUAUUGCAAAACAUGUCCUUUAGUUAGUUCAGGAGAAGGAUUCAAACGCUUCGGACUUUUUGUUAUACGUUUCCACGUUUGGAGUAAUAUAAAACUUUUUGUCGCUCUUACAUUUCGAGAAUAUUUCAAGCAGGCUGGAACAAUUGUUUUUACGUAUUUAGAUAAAUAUAUGUAUGGGUGCUGCUUUGGGUUACUUAUUCACAGAAUCUGGGGAGAUAAUCCGCCACUUCAUUCUAAUGUACUACCACUAAUCACAGAUGAAAACAUAGGCGAAUAUCUGAUGGCCUUAGAGUUAGAAUCUGGAUUAAGUCAACUCUCCCUUGGUGGCUCAGAAAACUUUCUCGGUUCCUCAGAAGUGGAUUUCGAAAAUAGCUGUCCGAAAUUGGUCUACAACGGUUUGUUUAUUUAACGUGUUUUGAUACUGAUCUCGAUAUUAGUAUAAUAUUUGCUAAUGGAGAUUUCAGUACUGUUAAAAAAGAUAAAUUUUCGCCAAGUAUGCUGUGAUUGUGACUGAAGAGUAGUAUUAAAUUAGUUAGACAGUACAACUGACUAGAAAUGAACGCAUGUACUUCAUUUGGUUCAAAUACUUUUGAUUUGUUUGGGAAUCACACAGUGAAUCUUCAAAUCAAAGCCUGAUUUCUAUAUCAGUGUUUAAGGAGCGUUUAGCCCUUGUAUGACAAAUAUAUGGCGCAGUUCAGUCAAUAUAUUUUCAUUUUCUAUAGUUUGGUUUGUAAGGAUUAGUUAUGUUUUACGAGUUGAUCACGGAUCGAUAUCAGUUAGAGAACCAUUGAAAACCAGGGAGUACUGGACAGCUGCUGUUUCAUCCUAGUUUGGGAAUCAUCGGCAGUACGCACCCACUGGGUUUCGAACCCAGGACCUUCCGGUUACAAGGCAAGCUCGUAUACCAUUCAGCCACUGGCACCCGAUUCAUUUUGUUAAUCCGCAUUAUUCUUGUGUAUUUUGUGUUCUAUUAAUAUUGUUUACGUCUCAUUGUAUCUGUUCCAUUAGCUUCAAUUAAUGUCUUGUACUCCACCUAGGUAUCUUCAUGAAACGAGGAGAUGGGAAACUCCCCCGUUUUUGUGCUAUUGUUGACUGUGGCGAAUUGACCUGUGUUACAAGGAUCAAUAUUGUGAAAGUGCAUCUAGUAAACACUUAGAAAUUACUCGACUUUCUCAGAUCUGCUGUUUUCAAGCUUCAUUUAAAGGCUGAAUGAUUGUGAAACUUGAAAUAUGGAAGACUGCGUUGAAAUUAAUUGUUUGUCUAUCAUCCUACGGAGAUGACUCUUUUUUGAGAUUCGAUCAGUAAUUGAAAUCAGAUUGGGAAAAUUCCACAUGGUUUCCACAUACCAGAUAAAAAGGUCAGGUUAAUCAACAGCCCUCGGUUAGUCUUUCUUAACAACACCGGCGUUGUCGAAACAAAACUCUGUGCUAUCUGUUUCACGUUGCUCAUAGGCUUUUCAGUGUCUAUAGGGCUGUGGGUAUGAAAUAAAUAACGAUGUAAUAACAUCUGAAGCUCACAUUUGCUAUCCCUUUUUUCAAAUUGUUAUUUCGGUAGCAUUUAUUGUGGGCAUACCCUUGAUAUGUCCCUCGAUCUUAUGGUACAUACACAUUUCCUUAAUGAAUUUGCUGAAGUGUCACUUAUUUCAACAAAAUUAGUAGCUUUCGCUGACCAUCACUAUUCAUGGACUGCCUACUUUAAGGUAUCGCUUCUCGCUGUUCUCGAGGCCUUCUCUUGUGUGUUCCGAUAUUCUGUCGACCGAGAGGUUCUCUGGCGAAGCUUGACUGUAAACGGAAUGCCGAGAAAAUGCAUUGCACUGAUCAAGGCACUUUACUCAAACUCAUGCAGCCAGGUGGGGGCUUACGGCGAUUCGGCAUUUGAAGUGGUGACGACUAGUGGUGCUCGUCAGGGAUGCCCAUUAUCCCCAUUCCUAUUCAAAUUCAUCAUAGAUGUACUAAUGGAUUUAACCCUAACUCACUUCAGAGACCCUGGGAUUGACAUGCUACCAGGGAAUAAUCUCGUUG